GGAUCGGCUGCUGGGACUCGCAGUUGCGAGCUCCUUCGAUUGUGUGAGUUAAGUUUUCACUCUCUUACAGAGACAAGCGAUGGCAGAGAUCACUACGACCCCUGGCGGUGACAUUCCUCCAAAUAUGACUAUUUACAUCAACAACCUCAACGAGAAAGUCAAGCUCGAAGAGUUGAAGAAAUCGCUGAAUGCGGUGUUCUCUCAAUUUGGAAAGAUAUUGGAGGUUUUAGCAUUCAAAACCCUCAAACACAAAGGUCAAGCUUGGGUUGUUUUCGAGGACGCUUCUUCCGCCACCAAGGCGCUUCGCCAGAUGCAGGGCUUCCCUUUCUAUGACAAGCCCAUGAGGAUACAAUAUGCAAAGACAAAAUCAGAUGUCGUUGCGAAAGCGGAUGGUACUUUUGUACCAAGAGAAAGAAGAAAGAGGCAUGAGGAGAGAGGGAGGAAGCGAAAAGAGCAACUAGAUCCUAACCAAGCUGCAAUGGGUCUGAAUCCCGCCUAUGCUGGUGCCUAUGGUGCAACACCACCUUUAUCACAGAUAACGUACAUUGGUGGUGCUAAAUCUGCCCUCCCAGAGGCUCCUGCUCCACCAAAUAGCAUAUUGUUCAUCCAGAAUCUUCCUCAUCAGACAACUCCAAUGAUGCUGCAAAUGCUCUUCUGUCAGUAUUCCGGCUUUAAGGAAGUUAGGAUGGUGGAAGCGAAACCUGGAAUUGCCUUUAUAGAGUAUGAAAAUGAGAUGCAAUCGACUGUUGCAAUGCAGGGACUCCAGGGAUUCAAGAUAACCGCCGAGAACCCAAUGCUGAUUACCUAUGCAAAGAAGUAGAUGAAUGGACUUUUUUUUCAGGCUAUUUUUAUAAGUGGGAGGACAGGAGUAUGUAGAAUUUUGACGUUAAGCAUGUUAUUAAUCGUAUUUGCUCAUUUGUCUUUAGUCGAGGGAUAGGACCUGUAUAACUGUAGUAUGUUACCUUGUUACACUGGGCUUGUAGUUUGAUUACCAUUUUCUGCAAAAUUUCUGUGAACACUAAAUUAGCUCAGGUGACAGAUGCUUCAUGAUUUCUCUUUGCUUAUGUCUUGUUGCCAUUAUCUCACUCGUCCUUUCGC